GACGUCACGUCACGUCAUUCGAUUCGAUUACAUUUCGUUGAAUCGUGUUGCUGUUAUCCGGCUUAAAGUAAUAUAAUUUAUUUAAAUUAACUCAAAUUUGUUAUGAACUUAUUUUAAAUACGUACAAAAUGCGGAUAACAAAUUUAAGACGCGGAAGGAUCGCGCGAAUGGGUUGUAUAUGUGCAAUUUUACUGAUGCUUAUUUACGCUCUACACAAGUGGUCAAAUGAAAACGUCGGCAAACAAGAGGAUGUAAUAGUUUCGGAGUUUUCAGAUUCCUUUAGUAAUUCUUUCAAAUCGCACCGUGAUGUUUAUCCGACCCUGAAAACCGAUCGUUACAACAUGUUUGCCCUGGAUAAUCCUACCUUAUCAGAUGGAUCCAUUAGGCAUUCCCCAGAUGUGUUGGGUAACUUCGAGCCCAAAGCGCGGCGGUCGGUGGUCGGGCCCGGUGAGGAAGGCAAGCCCUACCACAUGUCACAGGACCGCGCCAACGACGUGGCCGAGUCAGAGAGCGAGUACGGCAUGAACAUAGCCGCCUCCGACAUGAUCGCUAUGAACAGGUCGAUCCCCGACACGCGCUUGGAAGAGUGCAAAUACUGGCACUAUCCAACAGAGCUGCCCUCUACGUCGGUGAUCAUUGUGUUCCAUAACGAGGGCUUCACCGUGCUGAUGCGCACCGUGCACACCGUCAUCGACCGCUCGCCGCCGAACAUACUGCACGAGGUGGUGCUGGUGGACGACUAUUCCGAUAAGGAUAACCUGAAGUCAAAUCUCGAUAACUACAUAAAGCGAUGGAAAGGCAAAGUGCGUUUAAUUCGCAAUUCGCAGAGGGAGGGGCUUAUCAGAACCCGCUCCAGGGGCGCCCAGGAGGCGAAAGGGGAUGUUAUAGUGUUCCUAGAUGCUCAUUGCGAGGUCAACGUGAACUGGCUGCCGCCGCUGCUCGCGCCCAUUUAUCGAGACUACAAGACCAUGACUGUUCCAGUUAUAGAUGGAGUCGACCACAGGACCUUCGAGUACAGGCCCGUGUACGCCCACGACACCAACUUCAGAGGCAUCUUCGAAUGGGGAAUGCUCUACAAAGAAAACGAAGUACCGGACAGAGAAGCCAACAAACACGCACACAAAUCCGAGCCUUACAAGAGCCCCACACACGCGGGCGGUCUUUUUGCUAUAAACAGGAACUAUUUCCUUGAAAUCGGAGCGUAUGACCCCGGUUUAUUAGUUUGGGGAGGCGAGAAUUUCGAGCUCAGCUUUAAAAUUUGGCAGUGCGGCGGCAGCAUCGAGUGGGUGCCGUGUUCCAGAGUAGGUCACGUUUAUAGAGCAUUCAUGCCCUACUCCUUUGGCAACUUGGCGAAGAAUCGCAAGGGUUCACUGAUAACUAUAAACUACAAGAGAGUAAUCGAAACGUGGUUCGACGAGGAGCACAAAGAAUACUUCUACACUAGAGAGCCGAUGGCGAGGUUCUUGGAUAUGGGGGAUAUAAGCGAGCAAGUGGCCUUGAAAGAGAAGCUAAAAUGCAAGGACUUCAAGUGGUUCAUGGAAAACGUGGCGUACGACGUGUACGACAAGUUUCCGAAGCUGCCGAAGAACGUACGCUGGGGCAUGGUGCGCAACAAGGCCGGCAACAUGUGCCUCGACACCAUGGGCAAGGCGGCGCCCGCAUAUAUUGGCACAUCAACAUGUCACGGCUCCGGCAACAACCAGCUGUUCCGGCUCAACGCGGCCGGCCAGCUCGGCGUGGGCGAGCGCUGCGUCGAGGCCGACGCCGACAGCGUCAAGCAGGCCAUCUGCCGGCUCGGCACCGUCGACGGGCCCUGGAGGUACGAUGAAGAAAAUCAUCAAAUAAUCCACCGGCUGCACGACUACUGCCUGACGCUGCAGCCGCACGCGCGCAACCUGGCGCUGGCUCCCUGCGACCCGCGCAACACCUACCAGCAGUGGAGCAUCACGCACAAGCAGCCCGGCUGGUGAUACCCCAUCCCCCGAUCGCCUCCCCACACACUCUAGCUCUACUAUACAUAAGUGUUCGAGGCUAUGCUGCCGCGUGCGACGGUGCGAUGUGAAGCAGAAAAACGAAAAGUGGCCUAAAAUGUGCGGCUAAAUAGAUCUUACUCGGGAAUUCUGUCAGUUUAUCCGGGUGUAUCGAAUUUUUCGCUUCUGGUGAACUUAUUUUUACGUCUUCACUCCUUUCACCACCGUCCCCCACAGUUGCAUUUGGGUAAUUUCGCUUCAUAUAUAUCUCCUCGGACCUCGUGUUUGUGUGCCACAGCUGGCAACUGCCUUAAUAGUAGUUUAUGUGACUGCUACAUAAUGAAAGGCAUUAAAACUCGAGUGUGGGUUUAUGAAACGAAGAAAGUGAGUUUCAUAAUACAAUCACACGAGUGUUUUAAUGCCUAAUUAUGCACAGGUACAUACACUGCUUUAUCCAAACUUUUUAUGAUAUAUUCACUAACCUCAUAUUAGAGCCGACAUUGGGGCAUUGUCAGUAGACAUAGGGGCGUCUCCGAAAUAUCUUUAAUGCACACUUUGCACGAAACUUUUGCUAGAGUUACUUUAAAAAUAACAAAACAAAUCAUUUUUACUUACAAACUAAUUAAAAGAUAAACUGCACGUCAAAUGGCGGCAAAGAAAAUUUUUUUCACGCAUCCGUAGUUUUUUUUAAAUUCAGAGACAAACUAGAGCGGGGGUCGAUUGCCAUAUCGUUCGAUACCAACUAACAAGCGAGAUUUGUCAAAAUUGUAUGCAAUUGACAUUUCAUUUCGAAUAAAACGUCAUCUCGACCAAAGAUAGAUAUAACUCCGUAAUAGAUGGAUACAGUCUAAGGAAAAAACGUGCCUCUAAAAUCAAGAAAAUUUGAUUCUCGUUCAGAGGGCGCUACUAGCUUUGGCCUACUGUCGUAUAGAUGGCGUUGACGGUUUCGUUUGUUAUUUAACAAUUUUAACGUAUAUCAGUGAAAGAACAUGGGUCAAAAUCAUAAAAAUAAUUAAUGCAAAUAAAAAAAAAAACAUUUAUCCAUAUUUAAAUACAUUUUAUCGUAUUUUUAUAAAUCUUCAUUUUUAGUUUUAAAGUGUGUCGACAGAUGGCAGUGAAUUUACUGGGGUUACAAAAUUUACUAUAACAGUACCGCUCUAGUAUAAGUUACUCUAUGUCUAUUAGAAUAUAAAGGUCAAAUCAAAUUUCUUUGUUUUUCAGAGAUGUUCGAAAUUUGAAUGAAAUAAUAUUAUCGAAAUCGAUGUUAUUAUUUAGCAAUAAUAACAUUUUCACAGAUAAAAAAUUUACUGUAACAAAACAGUUUAUCAUUAAGAUGGCCAUUAUUUACGGAUUUUGAAGGCAUCAUAGAGGAUUUAUGAUAUGUGUGUAGAUAAAACAUAUACAGUCUUAUUAAUAAAAAUCGCUUAUUUAAAAGUUAAUCUACCGUUACACUUGGACUUGCUACUACGAGAGUAAUUAAGUAUUAACUUUGUAAUUAGAACGUUAUUAAUAAACAUCGAGUAACUUUGGCGUAGCAAUACAUUCCUUACACCGGGAUUAACACGAAUGUUAUGGCAACCCUACAUACUUUAAAAGUAAAAAGAGUGAGCUACGGAAUGAAAUGAACGACAGAUGACAUUUAAACAUUGACAUUUAAUAUAAACUUCAACGGCAGGCUCCAGUGGAUUCUUACGUAUUUUAUAAAAUUUUACAUGCCUCAAUAAUGGCAUCAAGUUCCCCACCUCAUUUUAUUCAUCUAAAUCCCUUAAAUCGUCAAUAAAAUAAUUUCUUACCAUUUUCUUUGCACAACAAAUAAAUCACACACGAUCUCAAAGCACACGAUGCGUUACAUAGACAUAGUAUAGUAGUUAUGCGAUAGUAAAGCCGAAAAAAGCCACAGAUUUAAAAAAAAACGUCAAAAUAGACAGCUACUCUAUGCUUACUAAGUCGUUAAACUAUGUGGUACCUAGGUUUAACUUUUACUCCGAGAAUAAAGUCUGAUUAGUAUACUCCCUGCUUACUCUGCAUUUAUUAAUACCGAAUUUCACUAAUCUUGAGUUACACCUCGAAUUAUAGUUACGCCUACUUUACUCCAUGUUUAUUAAUAAGACUGUUAAUGUUUCAAUAUUAAGCGCAGAAAGCAUAAUCUUGGUCUCGUUAGCACCCAAAAACGACUCAUUACAACUGGAGGCAGUAGUAAUCAAAGACUUUCUAUACAGCCUCCUUUUUAAAUUAUGAUUGAGAUGAGAGGAUAGAUCUUUAAUAAUUUUUGUUGCCUUUCGUAGAACUAAACGAAUCUUCCUUCUGGCAAUGGACAUGGCGUUUUGAUUCGACGUGGCACUGUUAAUGCAAUCUGUAGCCGUGAAUGAAUGCCACGUCAGUUAUUUUAAAACCCCGUUGACUGCAGUAACCGAAUAAAUUUACAGGUUACAGUGUGCUUAGUUUUUAUAUAAUUUUAUGUUUUUUUUCUUCUAUUCGGUCAGUAAUGUCAGAAUAAGACAAAAGUUAUGAAAUGUAUGCAUUUAUUUAUUUUUAAACUUAAUUAGUUGUGUCACUUUUGUCAGAGUACAUCUCGUGAGUAUUAUUUUCUAAUACUUUACGGAGAUAUUGAUGUUUUGUCUCGUGCUAUUCUUAUUUCUCUUAUUCUAGCCAAGGAAGACGUUUGAAAACGUAGUUUGAAUUCUACGGUGGAACACACGACACAAACUUACGUCCAUACAUCAACUACUAAAAUCAUUACCGUAGUUAUAAAGAAGACAUAAUUACCACCUUGUCCCCGCGGCAAAUGAAGAUCAGACAUAUAUUAUCUUAAUUAUCUAUUAACAUUUUAAGCAAAUCCUAGCCGAUGUAUAUUUUGCAUAUGUGUAAUUGUUUACCUUGGAUGGAACGUACCUUGGAGAACACAGAUAACUAACUAGUCGUAAGAUUUAUCGCAACGGGGUAACGCGUAAUACUGAUUACCCAACAACUAUGUAUGUUCAUUGCUCAAUUACUCAGGUCUAGGACUGAGUUGCCGGUCUCUGCGAUUGCAUUGUAGGUAUCUCGUGUACGAUUAAUUAGCUCAACCCAGAACUAUAGUUAUAGUUUAGCUAAGGUUAGUAUUCCACCUGUUGGAAUACUAAGUAACCUUAGCUAACUGCACUCAUGGUCGGUAGCGAAACUAUGCAAGUUUUCAAAGGUUUAUUUACCUGUUCGACUUAAUGUUUAAUAUUUUAAGUUAAUAUUUUUGAAACAAACUUGUCAUUGUUUGACGUGACGUACUUAUAAAAUUCCAUUGUACCAUUUGAGAAGUAAAUAAUUAAAAUUGGAGAAUUGUACCCAAAAAGCAUUAAAUAAAAUGAACACAGUUCGGCGAUAUCAGUAUUGUUAGUAUUCUGUAGUGUAAUCACGAUUUAGUAGACGUUUUGACAAUGACAACGUUACUGAAUCGUUAUAUUUGUUUAUAACAAAUAAUACAUUUGAUUUGUUUAAGGUAAAACUGGUUGAGAUGGUAGGACUAUUCGUCCCUUUACGUUGAUGAAAGUGUUGGUUAUAAUAUAAAAUGCUCAUAACUCUCAUAAGAUAAGGUACUUAAUAAAUUUAAGAAAUUCAAUGGGUAAUACACGCACUAUUCAGCCAGGGAUCAUUAGCACUAAAACAAACAAGCGCCUAUUCUGUAGAAUGCUCUUAGCUUAACAAUCGAUUUAUAGGUAACUUUAGCCUAAAAAUAGUUUAUAAUUAAAUUAAUUUAAUUAGAUUGUGUAUUUAACAAUUAAUGCUUAGUUGUAUCAUUAUAAUAAAUUUUACCUUUAUUUGACAAUUAGUAAAUAGUGUAUAAGUUAUUAAUGACUACCUACUUGCCAACAUUGCUUCAAUUACAAAUACCGACAGUUCAAAAUAUUUCAUUCCAGUCAGGCGCAAAGAGUAAUCUGCGUCUUAUUUCUUUUUUUACGUUAUCUGUGUUAAGUAUUUAGUUGAAAUUCAACGCAUAAUUAAACUAGAUUUCAAUGUCUCUUAAUUAUAGUUAUAUUGUUUUACUUUGUUAUUAUGUUGCAUAUCAAUAUAUCUACUAUUUAUUCAAAAUGAACAAUAUGUAUAAAUGUAAAGUCACGGCUCCAUUAGGUAUCGUUUUUUUGUUAAUUUCUCAUUAAAGCCUUGUUACGUUUAGGACCGGUUACGCCAAAUCGGCUGUUAUAACGUCGUCGUAAUUCGAUAAAGAGAUUAGAUAUGAUAAAGAGAAAAGAGGUAAAUAAAAAAAAACAUCAAGGCUAUAUCCGAGUUUGAUCCAUAUACAAUAUUCGUGUUAAUUUCUACUUCCAUCCCUCUUGCACUUAUAAAACUUAGAUCAGUUCGUUGAUUGUGCGUGGGGCAGUGCAACCUACCCUUAGUUCAGUUCGUUGAUUGUGCGUGGUGCAGUGCAACCCACCCUUAGAUCAGUUCGUUGAUUGUGCGUGGUGCAGUGCAACCCACCCUUAGUUCAGUUCGUUGAUUGUGCGUGGUGCAGUGCCACCCACCCUUAGAUCAGUUCGUUGAUUGUGCGUGGUGCAGUGCAACCCACCCUUAGAUCAGUUCGUUGAUUGUGCGUGGUGCAGUGCAACCCACCCUUAGAUCAGUUCGUUGAUUGUGCGUGGUGCAGUGCAACCCACCCUUAGAUCAGUUCGUUGAUUGUGCGUGGGGCAGUGCAACCCACCCUUAGAUCAGUUCGUUGAUUGUGCGUGGUGCAGUGCAACCCACCCUUAGAUCAGUUAGUUGAUUGAGCGUGGUGCAGUGCAACCCACCCUUAGGUACUGCUGCGCCAGACAAUUUCUUUUCUACCGAACUUGCCGAUUCGGUGCAAAUUUAAUACGGACUUCAGUCACAGAUUAAUAAAUAGUUUGCUUCAGUCAGGUGGAUGUUACAUCAACUCGAUGUAGAAGGAACAUAAAGAAAAUUACGUACUUAUUAUAUAUGUUAUAUACUUAUAUAUUAUAUAUUGUAUAAAAGCUGACACUAAAAUGUUUUUCUAGACUGAUUAUUUAUAUAACCGUAAUCUAUUGUCUUCCUUACAAGUAUGUAUGUAAUUAUGUAUUUUCGUCUUAAAUGUGUAAAUUGUCGAGAUGUUAAACCCAUAACCAACCCGUUUUUUUGUCAAUGGGAUAUAAUUAUUACCUACGUUUUUGUAAACUGCACACAACUAAUAGGUACCUACCUAUUAGUUGUGUGCAGUUUACGGUCAAGGUUUUAAAUACCUUGACUGUACCUACAGUCAAGGGGCCUAUUUAAUACCUUGACCGUACAUAUAAGAAAAGCAUGACUAAGUUUUUACCUAUAACCAUAAUAAGAAGCAAGUAUGUUGGUAUGUCGCACAACCUUCUAAGCUAAGUGGAAGCCAUAUGAACUGGUCCGCCGGAGACACUGAUCGUGGCGACCAUCUAAGGUACCAUCAAAGGUCUCAUCACACUGUAUAUUUCAAACAUUUAUUGGCGAAAAUCUUCGCCUCGGUAGCAACCCGUAUAUUUUAAACGAUGGCAACUACCCUAACUAAGCUAAUUGCCUGGUAUCAUAUGUAGGUAUGCAAUAUAAAAUAUUUUGCAAAUCCUUAAAAAAUUGUAGCACUGAACUAUGUAUAAAAUCUGUUCAAUAAAGAUAAUGAUUAAACACAAAUGAUUGGAGAUAAUCUCACAAAAGGUAUUACUGUGAUUCCGAAUUUAAAAUAUUUUCAAGGUCGAUGUAAAUAAAUUAAUAUUUAUUGUU